CUGACGUUUGCGCUGAACCAAUCACUAAGUCACAAACUUUAGUUCAGUCUACUUCAAAUCUCUCCAUAUGACAUAAUCAGUGACCCAAUCAAUAACUGCGAAGCCCUAUAAAUAUAGCGUGCCCGUCGCAAACCCCAAUCUUCAAUACCAGAGGAUAGCAAUGGCGAGUCUGCAGAUUCCUCAAGUCAAAAUUGGAACGCAGGGCCUGCAGGUUUCGAAGUUAGGGUUAGGGUGUAUGAGCCUUAGCGGAGCCUAUAACGAUCCUCUUCCUGAAGACCAAGGCAUAUCUGUUAUUAAGUAUGCGUUCAGUCAAGGAAUCACUUUUUUUGACACAGCUGAUGUUUAUGGCGCCAACAACGCUAACGAACUUUUGCUCGGAAAAGCUUUAAAGCACUUACCUAGAGACAAGGUGCAGGUAGCAACCAAAUUUGGCAUUGCAAAGUUGGAUUUUCCUGUGGUACACGUCAAGGGCACACCAGAGUACGUGCGGUCGUGUUGUGAAGCCAGCUUGAAACGUCUUGAUGUUGAAUACAUUGAUCUCUAUUAUCAGCAUAGGGUGGACCAAACCGUACCUAUAGAGGAAACAGUGGGUGAACUUAAAAAACUUGUGGAAGAGGGAAAAGUGAAGUAUAUAGGACUAUCUGAAGCGAGUCCAGAUACUAUAAGGAGAGCACAUGCGGUUCAUCCCAUCGCAGCUGUGCAAAUAGAGUGGUCUCUAUGGACUCGUGACGUUGAGGAGGAGAUAGUUCCUCUGUGCAGGGAGCUUGGCAUUGGAAUUGUACCAUAUAGCCCCCUUGGUCGAGGUUUCUUUGGUGGCAAAGGAGUUCUGGAAAGUAUGCCUGCAAAUAGUGCCCUGACUGCGCAUCAUCCCCGCUUCCAAGCAGAGAACUUAGACAAGAACAAGAAAAUAUUUGACCGUUUAGAAAGCCUUGCUAAGAAACACCAGUGCACUCCUCCCCAAUUGGCAUUAGCAUGGGUACUCCAACAAGGCAACGAUGUUGUGCCUAUUCCUGGAACAACUAAGAUUAAGAACCUGGAUCAGAACAUCGGUGCAUUAUCACUGAAACUAACAGAGAGCGACUUGAGAGAAAUUUCUGAGGCAGUUCCCAUUGAUGAUGUAGCAGGUACUCGACACUUCGGGGGAAAUGAUACACUUGCUUGGAAAUUUGCCAACACACCUCCGAGGGUCUCAACUUGAUGCCCUCGAAAUCCAACUGUUGGAUAAUGCACAAAUUUGUGAAUUGUCAUUUGUCAGAUGCAAAACUAGUACGGUUUAAGCUACCAAUGCAUUAUCUAGACGGAGGUGCGGUCGUACGGAUAUUUAUGGACUGUCGAUGGUUGGCUAAUAGAUAUUUGGUUGGUUAAAGGUUUAUAGUUUAGUGGACCCAAAAAAAUGUUUGUAGUGUAAAAUAUUGUACUAGUUUAUUAUAAAUGGUCAAUAUUAAAGAAUAAAGUCAUGUGAGCCUUUUAAGGUUACAUGAUUUCUUUAAUUAAUCAUACCGUUUAAAAAAAUUUAAUCAUGAUUAUGCAUAUGAUUCAGAUUUAGUUCUUUCAUUCAUGAAAAUGUAUUUCUCACUUUUACUAUCACUCUCAACAUUUUAAAUAAAAUAUUUUUUUUUC